AUGGGAAAUGAAAAAAUUCGCGUCUUAGUCGUGGGAGCCGGGGGCGUCGGUACGAUGGCCUGUGUGGCUCUAGAACGCUCAGGAAAGGCAUCAGUCACGGCGGUUUUGCGAUCGAAUUAUGAGAAGGUUCAGCGCGAUGGGUUUGAGAUUGAAUCUAUUGAUCAUGGAAGGUCAACGGCUUGGAGACCAUCUUCAGUCGUGAAUGCGGUCCCCCAAGCCGACCCCGCAAAUCCGUUUGACUACGUGGUAGUCACGAUGAAAAAUAUCCCCGAAGUAAAUGACAUCCCCAGCAUUAUAAGUCCCGCCAUUACACCAGGCCAUACCGCUAUCGUUCUACUCCAGAACGGUCUCUACAUCGAGCCCCCGGUCAUCAAGGCAUUCCCGUCAAACGCAGUCCUCUCAGGAGCAAGCUACAUCGGCGCUCACGAACGCAACGGGCACGUCGUACAUGAUGACCACGAUCGUAUGGAUCUGGGUGUCUACCACAAUCCCACCCUUGACGCGGCCUACGAGCGGAGAAAGCUAGAGGAGUUUGCCUCCGUAUAUAGAGAAAGUGGGGUCGUUGAAGCCACGGUAGUCGAUGAUAUUGUUUUCUAUCGAUGGCGCAAGGUUGUCUGGAAUGGAACUUUCAAUCCCAUGUGUGCUAUUACCCAGCUCGAUAGUGCGGAUGUUCGACGCUUCGGUGGUGAGCAUGGUCUCAUCCGGCCUGGGAUGGCGGAGAUAGUCGCCAUUGCUGCUGCGGAUGGGUAUGAUCUCGGUGAGGGGAUAAUUGAUGAGAUGGUCGAUAUCACCCCGAUGGAGCUGUGCUUCCGGCCUAGUAUGUUGGUUGAUGUUGACAAGGGGAAUCCGAUGGAGGUGGAAGUGAUUCUGGGGAAUGCUUUGCGGGUGGCCAGAGAGAAGGGUGUACAGACGCCUGUUCUGGAUAAUACAUAUCGGUUUUUGAAGUUGACGCAGGCUCGAUUGUUGACUACGCGAGGUAUCAUCACUGUUCCAAGGGAGGUGCCUUUGGGCGAUUUUAUAUAG